CGAUCAAAACGUCAUCGUGUGUACAAACUCAAAGUACAACUCACAAGCAGUUGACGUUUAAAUGUUUUUUUGUGUUUUUAAAGAUAUUUUCUAAAUGCUGUUACCAAACAUAAUGAUUUUAAAUAACCAAAAUUGUAUAAACCAAAAGUGAUUUUGGUAAACGUAACACAAAACCGUGAAAUAAUGAAUCAGUAUUAACAAUUCCUGUAACCUUAAUUGAGUUAAGUCAGUUGCUACAGCUGCUAACAUGUUCGCUUCUUUAAAAAAUAAAAUACGUGAGGAAACUGGCAGUGACAUUUCUAAAUUGACUGCCAAAAUAACAUCCACCGCUCAACGUAUCGAAUCACUGCGAGGCAGGUCUCAGCAAGGCUCGACUUCUAGCAUAAACUCUUUAGUGUCCUCGGAAGGUAACCGUGACGAAACUGCGGAUGGCACCAAAAUUGACGAGGACUACAAGAAGCGCUUUAACAAACUGGAAACGGAAUAUGCCAUCAAGCUCGAGGAGAAAACCAAAGAAUGGCAGGGCGUUCUGUACGAAAAGGAUAAAAAAAUACAAAAGCUGGAGAAAGACCAAGAAGACGCCUUUAAGCAGAUAAAUUCGUUGAGAAGCGUUUUAAAAUCAUCGGAAGAAAUGCAAAAGAGACUUGUCGAGCAUAGGGAGGAUAAAGAGCAAAUUGAAAAUUUUCAGACUCAGGAAAUUUCCAAAAUUAAACACCUAGUACUGUUGAGGGAAAAGGAGCUUGCCGAAAAAAGUAGCUUGCUUAAAGAUACCACGCAGCAAUUGGAAAAGAUGCGAGCCGAAGUGACACGUUUGCGUAAACAAGAAGAGUGUUUAACCGAUGUACAGGACGACCUCGAAAGCUUCAGGCAUUCCAGCGCGAGAGACAUGGCCGCUUUAGCGUCUGAACUUGCGAAAAGCGAAGAGGAGAGACGUCACCUGACGGAUUUAGUUACGGUACUAAGGCAGAAAAAUUCAUCCGAUGACAAUAGUCAAGAGAAUGGCGAAUUGAAGCUGCUCGAGCAACGGCUCGAGGAGGCCCACUUGCAUUUGGCCGAUAUUAAAACGUCGUGGAGCGAUAAAAUCGCCUCCCUAGAGACUCAGGUUGGUAGAUUGAGUCGGCAGGCGGCGGAGGAAGGGGCGGAACGAAGAAGAGCGGUGCAGGAGAAAGCCGUUUUUUCUGAAAAGGUUAAGCAGAUGGAGUGCGAAUUAGAAUGCAAUCGUCUAGAAAUCAAUAAUAAAGAGGCAAAGAUUAGACGACUCACUUCGGAAAUCGAGGAAAUGUCCAAGGAGUUGAAGAGUUUACGUGCAGAAUCAGAAGAAGAAAUCGCGUUUUUAAGAGAGAAAAUCCACGACACGGGUACGGAAAUGAAAGCGGUUCGAAAAAACUUGGAGAAUACUGAAAGUCAAUUGGACAAGUCUGAGGACGAGUGUAGUAAAUUAAGGCUAUCGGUAGAUUCGGAACAUCAAGCGAAUACGUCCCUCAGACAACUGGUUGCAAAACUAGAAAAGGAGUUAGGUGAAGAGAAAUCAACGUGUUUAAAUGUACAAAAGACUCUUUCGAGAGUUACAUCGGAGAAAAAUGCUGCGCUGUUAAGGAAUGCGGAAAUAUCUCAACAAAUGGAAAUUGCCAAACAGGAAUGUCGGCGUCAAGAUACCGAAAUGACUGAGUUAGUAAAUAAGAUAAGUGCGUUAGAAGGUGAGAUGAAGAUAUUUAAAGAUAAAGAGGCUAAAUCUGUGGAACAAGAUUUGAAGAAUACCAUUAUUCGUUUAGAGGAGCAAGUUACAGAGAAAAACAAGACGAUAAAGACGUUGCAACUUCGUUUGGCUGACAUAAAGAAAACUUUGCAACAAGAACUAAGAACGCCCGGUAGUACAAAUUAUCAUACCGACAUUCAAGAGAAUAACUCCGCCGCUGUGUUAAUGCCUAGUCAUACUUCAACCAAACAGCAUAGCAUACGCAAAGACGACGAUGACAUAAACUUUAAAUACUUGAAGCAUGUAUUAAUAAAAUUUUUAACUAGUCGAGAGUACGAAGCGCAGCACUUAAUUCGAGCGGUUUCGACUCUGCUUAAGUUCUCCCCCGAAGAGGAGAAGUUAUUACAUGAGACAUUGGAGUGGAGAAUGUCGUGGUUUGCACCAAAACCGAGGGUGGCUAACGGUCAAUUAGCUACGAGCAUACCACCCAGCUGAUGGUGGUUUUUCUAAUUAUUUGAUUCGAAUCUAAAAUGCAAUCAUCAAGUUCAACCAAAUGCGAAAAUUCAUCUUCCAAAUCAUUCCCUCAUCAAUGGUGAUUUAUCUGUCGAUACAACUGACUGGGUAUUUUUUAACUUGUAAUAAGAAGCUUGCUUUGUUAAUAUGAAAGUAAUAAGAUUAUCCAAAAUAUUUAUUUUAAAUUAUUAUUGUUUUAUUGUUCUAAGUUUGUUUUGUGCCAAAAUGGCUUUGUAGACAAUUUAUAAAUGCUUUAAUUUUAUUUCGAUGAAAAUGGAACUUACAGGCUUUUAAAGUGUAAAUACAAGUAAAAUUUUUAAUCUCAGUAUUAUAAUAAAGAAGUUGUUUUAAU